AUGCAGGCGCGGGAGCUGGUCCUGGCCGCCUUGGUCGCGCUGGCGCUGGCCCGGGAGCCCCUGGCCACGUCGUGCCCCGCGCGCUGCGACGUGUCACGGUGCCCGAGUCCCCGCUGUCCCGGCGGCUACGUGCCCGACCUCUGCAACUGCUGCCUGGUGUGCGCCGCCGUCGAGGGCGAGCCGUGCGGCCGCGCCGUAGACUCGCCGUGCGGGGAGAGCCUGGAGUGCGUGCGCGGCGUGUGUCGGUGUCGCUGGGCGCACGCCGUGUGCGGCACCGACGGGCACACCUACGCCAACGUGUGCGCGCUGCAGGCGGCCAGCCGCCGCGCGCUGCAGCUCUCCGGGACGCCCGUGCGCCAGCUGCAGAAAGGCGCCUGCCCAUCGGGUCUCCACCAGCUGACCAGCCCGCGGUACAAAUUCAACUUCAUCGCUGACGUGGUGGAGAAGAUCGCGCCGGCCGUGGUCCACAUAGAACUCUUCCUGAGACACCCCCUGUUCGGCCGCAACGUGCCCCUGUCCAGCGGCUCAGGCUUCAUCGUGUCGGAGGCUGGCUUGAUCGUGACCAACGCCCACGUGGUGUCCAGCACCAGCACCGUCUCGGGCCGGCAGCAGCUCAAGGUGCAGCUGCAGAACAGUGACACCUACGAGGCCGCCAUCAAAGACAUCGACAAGAAGUCGGACAUCGCCACCAUCAAGAUCCACCCCAAGAAAAAGCUCCCGGCGCUGUUGCUGGGCCGCUCGGCAGACCUGCGGCCCGGCGAGUUUGUGGUGGCCAUCGGCAGCCCCUUCGCCCUGCAGAACACGGUGACCACGGGCAUCGUCAGCACGGCCCAGCGGGACGGCCGGGAGCUGGGCCUCCGGGACUCGGACAUGGACUACAUCCAGACAGACGCCAUCAUCAAUUACGGGAACUCCGGGGGACCGCUGGUGAACCUGGACGGCGAGGUCAUCGGCAUCAACACGCUCAAGGUUGCGGCCGGCAUCUCCUUUGCCAUCCCCUCGGACCGCAUCACGCGCUUCCUCACGGAGUUCCAGGACAAGCACGGCAAAGACUGGAAGAAGCGCUUCAUUGGCAUACGGAUGCGGACCAUCACACCAAGUUUGGUGGAGGAGCUCAAGGCCAGCAACCCAGACUUCCCGGCGGUCAGCAGUGGAAUUUACGUGCAAGAGGUGGUCCCAAAUUCACCUUCUCAGAGUUGCUGCACCCCAGUGAUUCAGCAGACAGCAGUCACCGAGAGCGGCCACACGCAGGGCACCCCAAGAGCCAGACAGGGGAGCUCGGUGGUGAUGGUGGCUGCCGCUGACCGAGGCUGCGUAGGAGGCAUCCAAGAUGGCGACAUCAUCGUCAAGGUCAACGGGCGCCCUCUGGCCGACUCCAGCGAGCUGCAGGAGGCCGUCCUGACCGAGUCGCCCCUGCUGCUGCAGGUGCGGCGGGGGAACGAUGACCUGCUCUUCAGCAUUGUGCCCGAGGUCGUCCUGUGAGGGUGG